AUGUAAUAAAAAGAAUACACAUUUGAAUGGGAAAUAAGAGAACAAGAUAUACCAUAUUCAAAACAUAUGAUAGCUGGAUGUGUUGCAGGAAUGAUUGAACAUUCAACAAUGUUUCCAUUUGAUAAUAUAAAAACUCAUGUAUAAGUUUCUAAUAAUAUGGGGUUUUUUUAAAUUAUAAAAAAAUUGUACAAUGAAGGAGGAAUAAAAGCAUUUUAUAGAGGAAUUGGACUUAUAGCAUGUGGUUCAAUGCCUGCUCAUGCUGCUUACUUUUCAAUUUAUGAGUUCUCUAGAUUUAAAUUAGGAAUAAAUGAUGAAUAACAUCAUCCAUAUUUAUAUGCAGUAACAGGAGCUUCUGCAGUAUUUUUACAUGAUUUAAUAUUAACACCUAUUGAUGUAUUGAAAUAAAGAAAAUAAAUAACUAAUUAACCAAUAUAAUUAAUGCUUAAAAAUAUAAUUUAAAAAGAAGGAAUUAUAUCACUAGUAAGAAGUUUUCCGGUAACAUAUGUAAUCUUUUGUUUUUGUUUUUUUGUUUUUUUUUACAUAUAUUAAUUUUAUAAUAUUAAGAUGAUGAAUGUUCCUUUGGCGGCAAUUUUAGUUUCAACUAAUGAAAGUUUAAAACUUUAAAUAAAUUAAUAAAGUCAUAAUUUUUUUACUUAUUUUACAUGUGCAGGAAUUGCAGGUGGUAUAGCAGCUACUUUAACUACUCCUUUAGAUGUAAUUAAAACUAAACUUUAGACUUAAGAUUGUUAUGAAAGAAUUAGUUGCAAUAAAUGUGAAGCUAUUCCAAAUAUAUAAAAUAAAAAUAGAAUAUUAGGUUAAAAAAAUCAAAGUGUGUAUAAUUUUGCAAAAAAAUAAUUCGAAGCUGUUACAAAUGAAUGCAAAAAUGUUAAAUAUAACUCAUUUUUAUAAUCACUUAAAUUAGUUUGGUAAAAUGAAGGAUUUAAUGGGCUUUUUAGAGGAUUUGGAUCACGUAUUAUUAUUAUUGCACCUUCUUCUGCUAUUUCUUGGGCUAGUUAUGAAAUGAUGAAAAAAGAGAAGGUUCAUUUGGAAAUGUAUACUAAGUUUUAAGAAAAAGUGAUUAAAAAAAUUAUGCAAUGA